CGGUCAAUUUGGUUUAGGGAUUGAAAAAGUCAAAGGGAGCUCUUUGUUUGUUCAAUCACUCUCUCUGUUUGUCGUUGCAUCAGUUAUGUUUGUGGUGACUUUUGUGAAGAAAUGAGUGCUAAGAUUAGGAGAAUCAUGCGAAUCUCCUGCUCCUUCGCCUUCUCUUACUUUCAUCUUCCAUGCACAUACAUAUAUAUUGAUGUACAUUUACUUUAUAGUAUUAGAUAUUUAUAAACCGCAAGUUAUAUGUCUGUUGGAAUCUAUCAAAUGAUAUCUCACUUCUUCAAGUAUUUCAUUAGGAAUUUAGGUCAAAUUCAAAUAGUAGGCAUUAUUUUGGUGAACAAAAAAUAGCCACUAUUUCAAGAAAUUAAACGGCAGUAACUUUUAAGCUACCGUAAACGACAUUUAAGUUUUGAAAUAUUUUUUUUUGUUUACAAAACAUACGAUCUUGUAUAUUUUUUUAUCACACUUGCAUUAUUAGUCUCAAUAAGCACAAUCAAGAACAAAAUCUAAUUAUAUAAAAAAUUGUUUGAGUCCCUCCCGCAGUGUCCACGUGGAAACUCAAUUGAUAUAGGGUUGACACGUGUCCCUGUCCAAUGAAACUCAUCGUAUCAUUUUCUCUGCAGUUUGUUGGGCCUUGAACGUCAUCCGGUAUUUAUUUUUGUUGGGCUUUCAUUAAGUUUGAUGGGCGCGUUUCAGUUAGGGUUUACCCUGUUUUCUUCUUCGCCUCUCUUUUACACCCCCAUGUCAAUUAGCUCUUCGAAAUCGAUUUUCCAUCUUCUUCCUCGGAGUAACGCAACGUUACGAGUUACCAGGUUAUCAUCUAAAACCCUCCAUUACUCUCUCACACAUUAUCUACAUUCAAUGCGAUUUCUGGAUCUGUAAGACGGUGGAGAUUCAUAUAUAAAAAGGUAAGAUUUCUUCAUUCGAUAAUCAUCCUCUCAUUCUUAAAAGCUAACCGGUAAGACAAUUCUGUGAAAUAUGGCUGACGUUUCGGUCUUCCUCUCCGAUCUGCAGACUGGCCGCCCCUCCUCCACUGUUCAAGUCCAUUUGCUAAGUUUCUGGGAGGCUCAGGAAGGUGUCAAGGUUACAGAUGUGGUUCCGAGUGGAGCUUCCAUUGGUAUCUACGAGAGUGAGACUCUUGAGCUUAGUGAUGGGGGAUCAAACUACCUUGGGAAGGAUGUCUCUAAGGCUGUUGACAACUUCAUGGUCUAUGAACUGAUGGAACCCAAAACAAGUGGGGUUAAUGCAAUCAAAAUCAAAAGCUUGGAGCCAAUGAUAUCCUUGAUGCGUGCAAACCUGGGGCCAUUCUCAAUGGCAUUCGUCUCUACAAAAGGAAGGUAGAAGAGCAACAGGUAAACAUAUAUUAGACGACGGGGGAGAUAGGAAAACAAUAAUAAAUAUUAAUGAUUAUAUUUCUUACAUUUUUCAUGGUAGUAUAGUUUUGUAAAUUUUAACAAAAAGGAAAAUAGUUCAGAUUAAAUCUUCAACUUUCUAUCUUCUUACUUACUACGACAGUUAAUGUAUUCUGUGAUGUGGUACAAUAACAUGUUUAUACGUUUCUAUCUUUUGACUCAUGAAAGUUUGUAAAAUAUUUUGAACUCGAGACUACUUAGGAGCCAAAACCAAUGCCUUUAUAAUUGCGACUCUUUCGAGAAUGACAAUCAAAAAGAAAAAAAAAGGAUUAUGCAACUAUAAAGCAUUAACACAUGCUGGAAACAAAUGACGCGAUCAUUGUGCAACGUCCCAUGUAUGAAGAGAGCAGAAUACAACCUGAUGCUAAUCAUGCUACCCAUAAAAUGUAACCUUGGAGAUCUUGACAGCCCAUGCACAGUUUGUUUUCGUUACAAAAAAAUCACGAAGUUCCUUGAACUGAAGUAACUUCAGCAUGCACUAUCCAUCACACACUCACUCAGACCACCUACCAUUUUUAAGUUCUCUUUAAUACUUUUCCUACUUUCCAGAACAAUAUUCGCAGUAAUCGUUCCUCUGGUUUUAAGUUUAAUACACUCGCAAUUUCUAUUAUUUAUAAAACUAUCUUUUUAUACAUCCUCUUAGUUACUAUCUACUCUCUACGUCUGUCUCCAAUUUCCAUAGAACACAGUGUAAUCAAAAUGGAUUCCCCUAGCUUACGUGUUCGUGUUUGUAUUUUGCUGUAAUUGACUUGGUGCAGAACCUAUACAGAAAAAAAGAUGCGCAUCCAACCUUUUUUCCAAAUUCAGAUUUUAGGUUUGUUAGUUUUUCAUCGUAUUAAGUUCAAGGCCCAUUACACACGUAGGCCUUUUAACUGUCUUCAUGUGUUCCCAAAUAUCACCAUAAUUAUUAUCGGUACUGCCAUAAGAUCAAUGAUAAGAAAAAAACUUAGUCUAAUAUUAUAUGAUGUUAAUAACAGAUACAACCGAGUAUCGUUUCACUUCACCAAUUAAUAAGAAAGUACUACAAUCAUAUAUAAGGUUUAUACUAAAACAUACAAUAUAUGGAAAAUGUAUUUUAAUGAUUUGAUAUACGUACAACGAAUAUUUCUUCUAAUAUAUUAAUCUGUGUUACGUUAAAAAAUGACGACCCUGUUCUAUUUUUUUUAAUAUAAAUCUUACUAUUUGAAUAUAUCAUACACCAUUUAAUAUUCCAAAUUGAUAGUAAGAUAUAUUGGUUGACAAAAAAAAAGAUAGUAAGAUAUAUUAAUUUAUCUUUUUGUUUUUUAAAUUAAAAAUUCAUCAUAUAAUUAUAUUUGUGCAAUUGUAAAGCUUAUAUUAAUAAUAAUGCAUAAUGUAUUUAAUGAUUUGGUAAAAAUAUACAUAAGAUUUUUUACAAACAAUUAAUUUGUAUAGCAAAAACCAAUCCCGUAAAAUUAUUAACCAAACCAAUAACACCAAAUA